UGAACAGGGACAUCGAGAUUCGUACAUCAGUACAUCGGUUUGUUUAGCAAGGCAAACUAGUGGCAGUGAAGACUCGCGAGAUCAAAGUCAUUCUCGAUACUCGUACCUUUGCAACUACGCAUUCUCAUUUCCAAGCUCACGGUCAGGUGCAACACAACAUGUGCAGAUUUUGACACGUCAGCUACGAAAGGCCGGCCGUUCGGCCAGCCAGAGGGUCUACGACCUGCUUCGCAACAACGAUACAGUGUGGCGAGAGUUGACAUGUAUCUAGGAUAUCCGUGUAUAAAGAGUUACUUAUUCGUAUUCAAAAUCUUGGUCUUUGCUCUUCACCUCUGUCACCACUUGUACACGUUCUGAACCGUUCACGAUCUUUAUCAUGAGCAGGUUCGUUUCAAGUUAUCCAGUCAUCCGCGCCUUGCUGCUCAGGCACCGCCAGCACAAUCUCGAAUAUGCAGCCGUUGCUCCUUUUCAAACGGCACUCAACACCCUGUUCCAAGCCAGAGAUGGUUAUGCUGUCAACAUUGAGCAGUCCGUCGACAAAGGCAGGGCAAGAGUUGACUUGUUGAUACAAGGUCUUGACUACGACCAUUUUACACUCUACAUGAUGAUGGUUGGGGAAAUGAAACCUUCGUAUAAGUCUCCCGAGGAAGGUGAGACUCAAGUCCUGAAAAGGGCACGAGAAGCAAUAGUCGGACACGGUCUGGAAAGGAUCUACGCGUUCACCACCCUAGGAGAAGGAUUCCGAUUUUGGACCGUGUCGGCGCGAACAAUGACACUGGAGCCUCUGGGCAGCGAUACUCCCCGCGGCAGCCACACUGCGUACAUACCACUCGAUUCCGCUGAGGGGGACUGCAUUGUAGAGUUCAGCAACUAUGUCAAGCAGAACCGGCCACUCCGCGAGGCACCUGUUCUCCCGAGCCAGGACUUCUCAGCGGCGCCCGAAGAUUUCCGUGGACAGGCGAGUCAAGCCAAUCACCAAGAAGAAGCAGCAUCUUUCAUGCCGAACCAGAACUUCCCGGUAUCACCCCAGGAAUACUACGACCAAGGCUAUCCGCCACCAGAGUCGUCAGUCCAGUACGAAACAAACAAUCCAGUCACUUCUUUUGCAGACUCUCAACUCCAAUAUGACGCCAAUCCGGAGGAUCCUCAGGGACAGUCAAUGGAGAUUGAUGACGUAUUGGACGAUCCUGAGGAUGAGCCCACAGCUGGUCCGUCUUAUGUAGCUGGAGUUAGCCAAGAACCGAACUAUAUCCAGGUUACAAUCACAAGGGAGGUACAUACUAUCCGAAGUGACAAGUACCUUUUCCGGAAACGAAAAAGAGGCAGACUCAUCAUCACCAACAACGAGGAUUGGGAGAAGAAGAAGGUGGAUGGAAAGGAGGUUUGGUAUUUCAAAGAAGAUUCAAAGUACUGGGGCUAUAAGCCUAGAUAGUGCUUCGCUCUUAUUCCCCCCCUGUCUUUUUUCUACGUCGUUUCAGCAUAUAGCUCAUAUCAAUUGGGAGUGUUUCAACAGUUUUAUUCAUUUUAUGGCUCGGUUGUUCUCUUAACCUGCUGGCUCAACUCCAGGAACCGUCUUACUUUCGGUAGGAUGUUCAACACUCCUUCAAAAUCAAUAAAUCAUCUGUCUGUCUUACCUGC